AUGGAUAAAAAUUUGAAUCCCCAGCAGAUACAAGAUCUGUUGAAUGACUUAGACUGUGAUGAAAACGUGAAUGAGGACAUUUUUCCUGAUGCAUCAUCGGAUUUGAGUGACGCGGAGUCUGAAAUCAGUGAUCACAAUACUGAAAGUGAAGAAGAAGCGGAAAAUAUCUCUGAAAACGAAGACUCAAGUGACAUCGAUGAACAAAGCCGAAACAGCAAUUCUUUUUAUGGCAGAAACAGGUACAAAUGGUCGAAAGUACCACCAUCGCGAUCACGAGUGCCAGCACAUAACAUUAUUAUUCAUUUACCUGGUCUAAGAGGUCCUGCACUAGUCAAAAAUGAAAUAUCUCCAUUGGAAGCAUGGUCUUGUAUAUUUACUGAAGAUAUGAUUGAAUUGAUUUUACAACAUACUAAUGAAAAAAUCACAAAUUAUUCAGAAAACUAUACAUCUAACUCAGUCUAUACUUACCAUGUCACAAGAGAGGAAAUUUUGGCAUUUAUUGGGUUGAUGUUUUUGACAGGCAUAUUCAAAUCUGCGAGAGAAGAUGCUCGGGGCAUAUGGUCAACUAAAACAAGGGGUAGACCUAUUUUCAGAACAGUUAUGAGUCUAAAUAGAUUUUUGUUUAUCUUAUCAUGCCUACGAUUUGACGAACAACUUACACGAGAAGAACGAAAAAAGACAGACAGACUUGCUCUAAUAUCAGAAUUGUUUAACAAGUUUAUAAAAAAUUGUAUCACUAACUACAGCUGCUCUGAGUACGUUACUGUUGAUGAAAUGCUCGUUCCUUUCAGAGGUCGAUGUAUUUUCCGUACGUACAUGAAAUCAAAACCAGCGAAGUAUGGGCUGAAAAUAAUGUGUUUAUGUGAUGCAAAAACACAUUACUUGUACAAUGCCUUUAUUUAUUCAGGAAAAGAGCAAACUUCUCGAGCUAAUACAUUGUUGAUACCAACAAGGAACGUUUUGACACUGACUGAACCAAUUUACCAAACUAACAGAAAUGUAACUGGUGAUAAUUGGUUCUCAUCGAUUGAGUUGGUUGAUGCUUUGAAACAGAAAGGUCUAACUUAUGUAGGCACUAUUCGUAAGAAUAAAAGAGAAAUUCCUUUGCAGUUUCUUCCUCAUAGGAGCAGGCCAGCUCUCUCGUCAAUCUAUGGCUUUCAAAAAGAUAAAACACUUGUGUCUUUUGUACCGAAAAAGAACAAUAGUAUUGCGCUCAUAUCCUCCAUGCAUCAUGAAACUGUAACGAAUCCUGAAACUAAGAAACCAGAGAUCAUUGAAUUUUACAAUUCUACAAAAGGUGGCGUGGAUGCUCUUGACCAGAAGUGUGCUGCUUACAGUGUCAACAGGAGAAGUCAAAGAUGGCCAACUACAAUAUUCUGUGCGAUGUUGAAUAUAUCAGGAGUAAACAGUCAUGUUCUAUAUUGCGCCUCAAACCCUCAAAAGCGUAUGAGCCGUUACAAGUUUUUAGAAGAACUUGGAUACGCUUUAGUAACUCCACAUGUUAUGAAUAGAAGAUCUAUGACAAAUCUUUCAAAAGAGCUGAAAGAUAUGAUUGACAAGUUUCUCCGUGAGGUUGGUGUUGAGCUACCUGAAGAUCAACCUGCACAAGGACCGAGCCAAAAUAAGAGACCAAAGAAAUCGCGCUGUCAUUUGUGCCCACGGCUCAAAGACAGUAACACCCCAAGAGUGUGCUCAAAAUGUAUGAAGAAUGUGUGCCGUAAUCAUUCUGUAGACGUAAUAGUAUGUGCUAAAUGUCAGGAAAAGUAUUAA